UACUUUAGCCUGCGUUUUUAGUGGCUGUAGAAAACUGUACUAGUGUACUGUGUUGUAGAUAGAUCAUAGAAUCUAGUCUAGAUCUAGAAAUCUAGAUUCAUCUCUAGAUUCUAGAUCUAGAAUUCUAGAUACUAGAUAGACUCUAACUAGCUAGACGAACUUACUACUUUAAGUACUACUACUACUAGAUCUAGUACUUAGAUCUAGAUCUAGUACUUAAACUUUAGACGAGAUCUAGAUUUAUAUCUAGAUUCUAAUCUAGCCAGUAGUACUAAGUACUUAGCUCUCCUAGAUCUAGAUCUAGACUAGAUCUAGAUAAGUAGAUGAGUCUAGAUCUAUAUUCAUAUUAGAUCUAGCUAGACCCCUCUAAUUACUAAUUACUAGUAAUUAGUAAUUAAGUAAUUACUGCUGCAGUACAGUCACUCAGUUAACACCACAGGCACAGGUCUCUUUUAAAUAUGGCAUACUUUGAACUAGAAAAUGAAGUGAACAGUGCCUUAAGAAUGGAUCAUACAAUACCCCGUGGUCCUCUACUACACUCUCAGCGAUGUGAACAGUCAAACUCUAAUUCAGCCACAAAUUUGUCUCUGAAUACCAGCAGUAGUGCUGUGAAAACUCCCUGUAAGGCACUCAGUAAAGAAUACUCAAGUACAGCUAAAACUCCUAGUAGAACACCAAGUUCAACAGGACGAAAGAAAACACCUAGCAAUCGUUCAAAAACACCAUCGACUGCUGACAGAUUUAUCCCUGUAAGAAGCUCUACACAGUUUGAUGCAGCACAUUACAAGAUUUGCACUCAAACAGAAAGUUCCGCUGUACAAUGGUCAUUGAUGAGUCCUUCCCAGCAGGAGUACAGGCAACUGAUGAAUGAAAAUUUAAAUGGUGACACACUACAGAAAAAAAUUAUUUCAUUUAAUGAAAAGCCACCAAUGGCACCUGAAGGCUAUCAUAACAGUUUACAAGUAUUGUACAGUACAAGUAAAGUUGGUGCCAGCUGUAAAAAAACAACCAGGCAUAUUCCACAACAGCCAGAUAGAAUCCUAGAUGCUCCAGAUAUACUGGAUGAUUAUUAUUUGAGUUUAAUUGAUUGGUCUUCUCAAAAUAUGCUGGCAGUUGCAUUGGGUUCCAGUGUGUAUCUGUGGAAUGCUUCUAAAGGAGAAAUCACACUUCUUCUCCAACUAAGUGAGGUGGGCGGAGAUUAUGUCAGUUGUGUUAACUGGACUGCUGAUAGUAACCAUCUAGCUGUUGGUUUAUCAAGUGGAUGUGUUGAGCUGUGGGAUGCUUCUCAACAGAAAAAAUUAAGAACAAUGUCUGGCCACGCUGCAAGGGUUGGAGCUUUAGAUUGGAACUCCUAUUUACUGAGCAGUGGUUCAAGAAGUGGUAGCAUUCAUCACCAUGAUGUAAGGGUGGCAGAACAUCAGGUUGGCACCCUACUAGGUCAUACACAGGAAGUUUGUGGCCUUAAGUGGUCACCUAAUGGGAGACAUCUAGCCAGUGGCGGUAAUGACAACGUGCUUAAUAUUUGGCCAGCGACUUCUGGGUCCUUCACCACUGCUGCAGAACCUCUUUACACAUUCAAUCAACACCAGUCAGCUGUGAAGGCUUUAGCUUGGUGUCCAUGGCAACCAAAUGUUCUGGCUAGUGGUGGAGGUACAGCAGAUAGACACAUCAGAUUUUGGAACUGUAACAACGGCACCAGUCUAAGCUCUGUAGAUACCAACUCUCAGGUGUGUGCUUUGCUUUGGUCUGUGGAUUAUAAAGAACUGGUCUCAGGUCAUGGCUAUAUGCACAAUCAACUCAUUCUGUGGAAAUACCCAGCCAUGAGUAAAGUGGCAGAACUUACAGGUCACACAGGCAGGGUACUGCACAUGUGCCUGUCACCAGAUGGUACAACAGUAGUCUCUGCUGGCGCUGAUGAGACGUUGAGGUUGUGGAAAUGUUUUGAGGUUGAUGCCAAGACAAAGAAAACAAAAACCAAAGCUGAAAGCAAAGAUUCAACUUCCUGUUUGAGGUUACAUUUGCGAUAAGAAUUAGUACAAACUAGUUACUAUUUGGUGGUAUUUUAAAAAUAUUCAUUGCUUUACUGAGCUGUGCAUUUCUUUUUUUUAUUGACUUUGUGUCAAACUGUGAUUUAUUUUUAUAGCUGUAUAUGCUUUUGGUUAUUUCUGGGCAAGUAUUUUUUAUUUUUUUGGUACUAGGCCUUCUAGGUGAAAGAUUUCCAUUCAUUUACUUUAAGAAGUUAAAAAAAAGUUUCUCACAACAUUUUUUAAGUCUCCAUCACAGAAUAGGUAAAAAUAAUUUAAUAUUUUAAUUUACAAAUUUGAGUUUUUUAAAACUAUACAUUUUCACUAAUAUAAAGCAAUUUAUAUGCAACACUAACUAUAACAAGUAAAACUAAUUUAUUAAUUAGUCUAAAUGGUAGAUAAACAUUAUGAUCCCAAAGUAUUUUUCUUAUUUUAAAAUUUACUUUUUAAAUAAAUGAGGUUAAAUGUAUUGAAAACAAACAAUAUUAAAUAGCUACUAACUUGGUUG